UUUAUUUGUUAUUGUUGUGUACCAGUAGUGUUUCUGACGCGUAUGUUCUCUGUGUCGUAUCAAACAAAAGUGAAAUCAAAAUACAAUCGCAUUGCAAAACAAAUACCUUAUCUGCAUAUCAAAUACCUCGAAUUUGAGUGACUUAGCUGAAAAUUGUCUAAAGACUUGAAUUUUGUUUAAAUUGUUCGAAAUGGCUGAAGAAGUGAACACGGACACGGAUUCGUUCAAUCAAGAUUUUACGACGGCAACGCGAUGGGAAGUGUUCUGUGCCCGUCUCGAGGAGAUAAUCCACGAUUGGAAGCUUCCAUACAAGAAGCAAAGUGCUGGCAAACUGCCACUCAACGCUUUAUCGGUGAAUGAUUGGGAAACGAAGGAGGAAUUGGUCACUUACGACGGAAUGGAAUUGAAGGUCACGUUGUAUACAGUCAAAUUGGCUUCGGACAAACAAGACGAUCUCUCACCGGAAUCGGGCAGACGAAUGUCAGUGGACGUUGCGGAAAGAGCAAUCAUUGAAAAAUCGUCGCUUUUAAGCAUCAAUUCUGAGUGUCCAGCCUUUGUUGAUUUAAUGUCGUUGGAGAAUAAUUGGUGCACAUUGGAUGAAAAAUCCAAUUUGAAUAUUCAUCCACUUGCCAGAUGGUAUGGACUGAGGCAGUUUGUCGUUAUUUCCACGGUCGGUGGUGCAACGAUCAAUGAAAAUCAACGUCGCAUUUUAUUGUCAUCAAUUCAUUUGGCCAUUGGCGAAACAAACAUUUCGGUUCCGGUUUUUGUACAAGCGCUGAAAUUUCAACAACAUGUUUAUUCAGGUGUUUGCGAGCAGGAGAACACUCGAGUGACCUUCGACAUUGUGCAUCUCGCCCAAACGCAUCCAUCGUGCAAAUAUUUGUCGGGAAUCCUUGACAUGUUCAAAGAGAAGGUUCCAUAUGAAUACAAAAUUCCGGGAACAGUGUCUGUGCGUUUUACAUACAAUUUGAAAAAAUUCCCCGAAUCUGCGUUUGUGUUGAAACGAAAGUUUCCAUUUUCCGAUCGUCAAGACGAUGUAGUUGAGAUUCGAUCGAAUACCAUUUUACCGUUUGGUGUUUCCGUCGAUCCGGUUCGUGAGCUCGUGCUCUAUUGCAAAUGGCUUGAAGUGGCCGAAAAUGUGGUUAUGGACUCUCGAAACUACAGUGAUUUCGAUCCAAUGCUAUCGCAAACAUGGUCAUUCCGGUUGCACUAUGAAGCCGUGCCAAACUCAUUUAUGCGCGAGUGUUUGUUUGAAUUUUUGCAACAGUGCGAUUCGACGAGAACAUUGGCCGAUUUAAUUGGUGCUGAAUACGCAUAUUCGGCCACUAGUGAAAUUGCAAGCCGCGACGAUUCAAAUCCAUUGGAACGAUUGACUGUGUCGAAAAUUUCGAAAUUAACAACGUCAGUGCUUUCGGCAGCACUUUCGGGUGAGAGUUCACAAGCGAAGAAAUCGAUGAAGAAAGGCAAACCACUUGAAGGCCCAUUGAAAGAUGAACAAUUGAUGGCUAUGCUCUACUUUUUGUUCCCCGAUGCUCAAGACAAUUCAGCGAAUUCUUAUAAAAUGCCAACCACGGAUAAUUUCGAUCCAUUACGUAUUAAGUCAGCAUUCGACGACUCACUCGUACAUCGAUUGUCAACAAUGCUGGCCCUUUGUGGAACUUACCUCGGUGGUUUGCGAGCCAUCGCUCAACUUUGGAUUGAAUUCGCACAGGAAAUGCGUUAUCGUAUCGAGCGGAGCAUUUUUAUUUCUGGUAUCGCAGAAGGAUUCCCUGAUCCACGAACAUGUUUGCUACAUCAAAAACUACAAAUGCUGAACAUUUGUAUAAAUCGACGGCGUAUUCGUGAGGGAAAUUUGUCACACGCGAUGGCCAACAGCAAUCAACGCAACAUGGACUCACGUUCCGAUGAAUCCGAUGAUGAAUUCUUCGAUUGUGACGCUGCGAAUGAGGACGAUGGCAGCGAACCGGCAAAAGAGUAUUUGCCAUGGAACAAGCCGGAAGGUCGAUUGUCAAAACUCAACGAUAUGAAAUUAAUCGAUAGCGAUGAAUAUUUAUACGUUCCGAUAACACAAGAGCCCGUACCAAAAACGGAAGAUCAACUCGAAGACGAUGCCGAAAUUCUUUUGAAAUUAGGUCCAGAAAGUGAGCUUCGAACACAAAUAAUGAGUGCAUCACUAUUAUCGGAUAUGGAAAGUUUUAAGGCGGCUAAUCCGAACGGAAAACUUGAAGAUUUCAUACGGUGGUACAGUCCACGUGACUGGAUUGAAGACGAUAUCACCAAAACGGAUGAUUCGAGCAGUAGCGAAGACAACAACCAACCGCGUAAAGGCCGAUUGAGCUCACGCAUGCUUAUACCCGGUAAUACAUGGCAAACGGUUUGGAAUACUGCUAAACCAGUUCCUGCACGACGUCAGAGACGCUUAUUCGACGAUACACGUGAAGCGGAGAAAGUUUUGCAUUUCCUUGAAACCAGAAAUAUCGGACAAAUCGUUCAACUCACCAUCGUCCCUCUGUAUCAUGCUUCCAUUUUGCGUGUGAAGGAGGAGAGUGCUAAAUUUUCUUCAAUUAUUCCAAACUUUGAGCAAUCAAUGGAAAAAUUGCUAACCAUGUGUUGCCGUUUGUCACGAGAGGCUUGGGUCGUUCAUACAACAUCAGCUAAAGGAAACUCCAGGCAAAAAUGGGAGAAUAUGCUAACGGAAAUUACGAAUAUGGAAUAUAUGGUGGUCAAAUGCUAUAGUGUCAUCCGAAAAUUGUAUCCGAAUGCUGAAAAUUUGGGAGCUGAUGAAAACAAUAUCUUAAAGACUCUAUUGAGUGGACACGAAGUUCAGCUGGAUGAAGGCGCUUUUGGAAUGCUGUCGCAGCAAAUUCUACGUCUGUUCACUGAAGUGAAGCGUACACAAAGCGAACAAACUCAAGAUCUGGACAAUAUUCCGAUUACUCUGCCAGAUCCAGUGGAAAAGGAAUUCACGUUGCGUGUUUGUGGUCAGACUACUCAUGCAAUUGGCACUGGUGGUCCUCAAUUUAUGCGUGUGAUCCUGAAACCAGAAGAAUUCCGGGUUUGCGGCGCUUUUUCGCAUGACAUCAAAUUCUUUUAAUUCCAUUCAACCAUAUUACGCACAACGAAAUCAAUAUCAAUACAAUUCAUAAUAUCAAUUGCAUUUAAAGAGAUAAAAUGAAUAAAAAGCAUUGAAAUUUCAUGGAAA